CCUGGACCAACCCCACACCGUCUCUUCAUUUUCCCCUGCAUCUCUUUUUCUCUUUCCAAAAGCAGAGCAGGAACAGAGUGCAUGCAGAGAUGCAGGCAUCGGCGAUGCUCUCUUCAUCCCCAAGCCUCAGCAGCUACUCCACAAGCAGGCUCGCGGAGAUUGCUGCCCGGGUCGUCGACGAGCUCGAGCUCGGGCUCGAUCCCGACCCGUUCUGCUGCGACGCCAUAGAUUUCGGCCUAGCCAGCGCCGAACAGCUGCUGCCGCAGCCGCCGGGCGAGGAAGCAGCGGGCGAGGAGAGCGCGAGCACCACCCAGUUCGGUGACGAGGACGCUGGGGAAGCGGGAGAGGGAGGCAAAGAAGAGGAAGAGGAGUUCGAGUUCGCUUUCGUGUCCGGAGGGCCGGGCUCGUCUCCGAUUUCCGCCGACGAGAUCUUCUACAACGGCCAAAUCAUGCCCGUGUACCCGGUCUUCAACAGGAAUUUGCUUCUGAGCGGAGUCUCGAGCAGCGAGAGGGACGAGGACGGCUCGAAGAAGACGACGACGACGACGAAGAAGCUCCGGCUCCCCCUGAAGAAGCUCCUGAGCCAAGAGAGGGAGUGGUCGUCCUCGUCGUCCUCCUCCUCGGAAUCGGACGAGCUCGACGGCCUAGCUCCGGGAUCCUACUGCGUGUGGCGGCCGCCGCAAUCCUCGGCGGCGGUGGGGAAGCGCUGCAAGAAGAGCAACUCGACCGGAACCUCGAAGCGGUGGCGGUUCAGGGACCUGCUGCCGCUGAACCGGAGCCACAGCGACGGCGAGGGCACGUUCCUGGUCGUGGCCCCGGCCAAGAAGAGGGACAAGGCCGGCGAAUCGAAGCGGGUGGCGGCCGUGGCGGACGACGACGGCACCACCGUCACCGCCGCCGCCGACGGCAAGCCGGCGGGCAAGGACGAGGAGAAGAGGAAACCGCUCCUGCCCCACAGGGCGGACCUCGUCAGCUUCUUCGCCAACGCGAGGGGGCUGAGCAGGAACUUGAAGCUGAACCCGCUUUGAAGAUUCGCUUCAUCGCGGGGACUCCGGCUGGUGAGUGAAAGAUUUUUGCCGUCGUUUCUUCUCCGGUAGGUUUCGUAGGCCUGAUCUAAAAUUACAGUUGGGUUUUCGUUUUCGUUUUCGGUUUUGGCUUUAGUUUUGGUUUUGAUUUUGAUUUUGAUUUGGUUUUUAGGGGGUGUUUAUAUGUGUAAAUUAUGACUAGAAACAGAGUGGGCUAAUUACAAUCCACGGUAUAAAUCUAAUUGCGGUUUGUCUGUCUUCCUC